AUGACAACCAAUAUGCGUUCAUCUCAACCAAUGCCAUCAUUUGUUAUCGAUACUUGUCCAUCAGAUGAUACUCAAAAACCAUUAGAAACUUGUAAACAAUCAACAACGAAUCAAUUACGUUCAUGGAGUUUACCCAACUGUAAUGAAACUUAUAAAGAUUUACAUGGUGCUAUACACUAUUCAUUUUCUAAUCAAUUAAACAAUAUUUUAAAACGAUCUCGUUCAUAUCCAAAUAAUUACUUAUUUAUAUAUUCUAAACUACAGGAAAAUUUUCCUCGUAUACAAUCACCAUCAACAUUUAUGUCUGUUCGUAUGAAUUAUCUUGAUCCAAAUGGUGGUACACAAACACCAGGCGGUGCAUCAUCACGUUAUUCAUUAUAUGGAAGUUUUUUUGAUUUAUCUGAAAGUGGUUAUUAUCCUGCUUCAGAUCAACAAUUAAUUAAAUCAGAUAAUAAAUUAUUAACUAUCGAUGGCCGUCCAUUAUUAAUUGUUGAUCAUUCUACUCAUUUAGCAACAAAUACAUAUCAAGAUAAAUGUAUGGAUUGGCUUCAUCAUAUUCAAACAAAUUCAAGUUAA